AUUUUGCGCGUCGUAUAACGAUGCCUGAGUUGAAAAACGAAUAGUUGCACAGAUUCGUUUUCAAAUAACGUUCUCAAGUUCCUCUCGCUUCGUUUCGAACAGCUCCGUGACAACACUCGCGAGAUCGAUACGUUUCAAAUCUUUCCCCAAGUUACGAACUUUCUUCGUAACUAAUCGCUAAUCACUAUACAACAAGCCCUUUCCUUGAUGCUCGAAAUUUUCUUCUUCCACGAGCUCGUCGCAAGCUUUCCCUUAAAAAGAUAUCUACGAACGCGAUCUUCUUUUUCUCCUUCGAUACUAGAGGCUGCGUAAAACUAGUCGCGAACAUUUAAAAAAAGAAAUUUUUAUUUCACGAUUAUGGGCCGCCUUGGUGACUGUGAACCGUCUUCUCGGGAAAUAUAAAGUUCCUACCGAAGGAUCGCGACUGUACUAGUAUCCGAUCGGUAGCGACGUAAACACGCUGCUCACGCGCUCCGAUUUGGUCACUCACGGGAUUUAUCGAUAUCAGUUGUCCGUGGGCGGAAAGAGGGACAUAUCUUGUAUAUAUGCAAGUAUGCGGUAUUCAAUUUUUAUGUAUUAGUGAACGCUUGCAAAUCGGUGAGCGUUUAUACGCGCGCAAACGCGUUACCGAUACAUUGAACGCGGUCUCGGAAGAUAUCGCUAAGUGGUUGCCGAUAUAAGGAACGGAAGAUCAGUCUAAAACCACCUGUCUUCGAAGGUGGAGGUUCUCUCAUCUAAUCGUCUCUACGUACGCGGUAUAAUUUAGGCUCGAAAUCUCGAUAAUCUUCUGCGAUCAACCGGUUCGAACGUUCGAUCCAGAAUAAUGGAGAGAUUAAAGAGGAAACGGAAGAGAGCCGACAAUCAAAAGAAAGUAUUGCUCUCCAUCGUCGAUCCCUGGGACGUCAGUGUAGCCAGUGUCGAUCCAGUCGGCUUGGCAGAACGACCAGGCGUUUCCCUGUCAUUCUUAUUGCCACAACAGAGCGGAAGUAAGCCACAGGAAUCUUUGUCCCCUGGUAGAAUAGUCAGGAUCCCGUCACCUUGGUACAAGCCAGCAUAUAGCAGCGUGGUGGAACAUCUUCCCGCUGGCGGAGCUGUUGAAACCAGCUCCGGGAAACCCACCUGGGUGGAUCCUUGGCACUCUUCCAGGUCACCAAGCGGAGGAAAAUACUAUCCAGCGAAAACGCCGGAAAAACCAGCGAGAAAGAAGGUGUCGAACGAAGGGAAGAGUUCGAGAAGAAACGGUAACUUCCGGGACGAUCUGGAAAUUCCAGACGACAAUGGAUUAAUCGGCACGACACCGGAAAUCACGUGCAAUGAUUUCGAUGACGAGCAGAGUAGUGGAACAGUAGCCAGAGUGCGUUUCGUGAACGAAGAACGCCCUAGGAGUUCCACUUGGGGAUCACGAUUAGACGAAAUAAAUCGUGUCCAUAAAGUGAAUAAUUUGUACUCGUCGAAUACGAUCCAUUUACCGACUGUGAGUCACACUGGGAAUUGUGAUUCUACGCGUGAUCGAGGAGAGCGUUUACGAGGUAGAACGAAGGAUUCUGCGGUGAAUGUUGAUGGGAAUAUCGAAAAGAAACAGUGUACGUUAACCAAAGAAAACGAAACACUCGGCCACGGAAUUUUUGAGGACGAACAACUUGAGAAUGUUGUGCAAAAUUUAGUAAUUUCGAGGUACAGUCCCAUUUUAAGCGGAACGCAAAGAAGGGCAAUAAACAAAAGAACGCCAUGUCAACGUCACGAACCUCAGGAGAGAAUCACAGUAGAUACAUCGAAGGUGGCGGGACAUAACGAAAACGCACCUGCCACAUCCACAGACAAAAUUACGGAAACUAUAAGAGUUCCAAAUGACAAGAGUACUGAAACGAGCGAUCGCACGAUACUAGCUAAUCGAAUUCGUAAAACGGGUAUUUCGAUGCCGAGUAAUCUGGAUGAAAUGGAGGAUCUACGAAUCGAUAGGCAAAAGGGAACCGCCUCGAAGUUCACGAGAUCGGAGAGCGACGACAGCAGCAGCGUAACGUUCAGCAACAGCGGUUCGACGCCCAAUGGAAGUCCGCUCGGUUCUGAGACCGAGGAAGAAGCGAAUGACGAAGAGUUGGCCAAAGUACCGUUGCAAGCUCCACCUCGAAGGAAAGGCAGAACCAUGUCUCCAAUGAUAAAUAAGAAAUUAGGAAACGAUCCGAUGGAACUUUCUGGAGGGCAGAGCGCCAACUCCACGAUAACGAGCGUUAACAGCAUUAGCAGUUUGCUCAAGGAAAAACUUCAGCUGUCAAUUCCUCAAGCUCUACGCAGUAGCAAGAAGAGGCAGAACGCCGAUUAUCGACUUCGAGCUUUCGUCGGGAUAUUGUUCCUCUGUGUCGUCUUCCUGGUAGGAUUUGCGCAUAUUUAUUAUACGCAGCACGUCCUUCAACGGGCCUAUUUCGACAAAUUUAGCUUCAACAAGAACAAACGAGUGAUGCGCGUAUACAGCAGCACCGGUAUGGAGGUGAUCGCAGCGAGACUCGGCGAGGGUAUACCGGCAGAAACGGGAGUCUUUCCCUGUCUGUCUCAUCACCAGAAGCAAGACUCUGUUUGCCUGGAGUGGCUUCAGCAAGCACGUCUAUAUCUCGCUCACACAAGGCACACGGACAUGCACUGUUACCACGUUACUUGGCAAAGUUUAAAUCCUCACUACAAUCCCAAAGAUUGCUUCGAUUGGUCGCAAAAGAGAGGCCACUGGUACGGUGGUGGCCAAGUGCAAAAUAUGCCUUAUCCUCUCGAACGUGGACGACUUGAUUUAAGUCCUUUUAUUACCGGAGACAUUACCAAACAUCCCUUUGGAAAUGUACUCAAGAGAUAUUUUUUAAACUCAAAAGGCGCUACUGUACUGGUUGAUCCAGAAACUCCACUCUACGUGUCGAUUAACGCAAACAAAAGCAACAACUUCUGCAUGCAAGCGAAGUAUGAUGCUUUCGCGUAUAUUAAUCAUCUGACACCGUUGCCUCAGUUAAACUACACGAUCUGUGCUACCGAUAAUAUGAAGAAUUUGCAUUCUUCCAUGGCUGAGAAGUCUUUGUGGGACGGUUUAAAACCAGAUGAGUUGAACGCGGUUCAUUCGCUGUUAUCUGAACCAGUCUGGCAAAUUUCACCUACCAGUGAAGCAGCGGUUUACAAUUACACGGAUAACGUGAUAGCUUUGGGCUUCUUGAGACAAGGACACGUUUUGCUGAGCGAGGAGUGGCAGCCUAGUCCAGGUGACUUCGUGUUGGAUGAGGAACGAUUCCCGUCGAUGGAGGAAACGAUUAAUAUUAUUCACCGUCGAGGAUUUAGAAUCGUGUUCAGUAUACAGCCGUUUAUAUCUACGGAGUCUAUCAAUUUUAAAGACGCAGUGGCCAACCGAUUAUUGAUCUCUGAGAGAGGAAGCGAUCCGAGAAUACCCGCUUUGGCUAGGUACAAGCAGAGUAACAGCGUGGGCGUCCUAGAUAUCACGAACAAUAAAACUCUACCUUGGCUGCAGUCCAAGCUCGAAAGAUUGAUCAUGAAGUACCACGUGGACUCGUUCUACCUUGACUUAGGCACGGCACAAGACAUGCCUCACUAUUACAAAUGCGAGCAGCCACUGACAAAUCCAGAUCAUUACAAAACGAUAUUCACAAAAUCAAUAUUGGGAUCCGUGCCAGUGAUGGGUGUGUCAGGCGCGAUCUCUAGGCCACGACCGCCAGUAUUCGUCUCACUUCCGCCAUUCUCUUCCUCGUGGAAGGCUAUCAAGACUGUUAUACCAACAGUUUUGACCUAUGGAAUGAUUGGUUAUCCAUUCAUUAUGCCGGGUGCUGUUGGAGGAGACGUGGCUCUCCCCAUGUCUGACAACAAUCCUGAUAAUGAUUUUGAAGUGAAUUUACCAGACAAAGAGUUGUACAUCAGAUGGUUACAGCUGUCUACGUUUUUACCAGUGAUACGCUUCACUCAUUUACCAAGCAAAUACUCGGACGAAUCUGUGUUAGAAAUAGCCAAGACGUUGACGACCUUAAGACAAAAGACAGUGACACCGUUGUUAAAGAAAUACGCUAAGGAGAUACUUGACACUGGUCUACCGAUAAUUCGACCCUUGUGGAUGUUAGAUCCUGCGGAUCCGGCCUGUCACGUUGUAGUUGAUGAAUUUUCUGUGGGAGAGGAACUUAUAGUAGCGCCCGUACUUUAUUCCGGUAGCAGACAGAGAGAAGUUUAUCUGCCUGCAGGAGUGUGGAAGGAUGGAAUCGAUGGUAGCCUUAGGAAAGGAUCUAGAUGGAUCCACAAUUAUAGAGUCGCUGAGGAUAAGGUUGCUUACUUUGUGAAAAUGCCGGAUAAUACGAGAUUUUAAAUUGAAUAUCAUUGUAUAUGGAACUUUUGUAUACGGAGAACUUUUGCAAGUUUCCGUAUACGAGAACAAUUAGUGAGUUUGGAGAUUUUAAGGGACUAUAAAAAAAAAGAUGAAAAAUCCGAGGGGAAGAAGAAGAAAGUUGUAGCCCAAAGGACAUCGACGCGCUUCCUUUAUGGAUCGCUGUAUUUUAUGGGUUUACGAUAGAAAAUGGCUGAUAAGAAUUUGAAGAACUGUCACCAGUGUUAAGUUUGUAACGUUCCAACGCUCUAAAAGUAUUUAUUUCUUUACAUAUCGAAAUAUAUUUAUUUUAUUUUA